AACAGGAGAGGCAAAAUGCAGAGGAGAAAACGCAACCAGAGGGAAAAAAGGAAAGUGUUUUUAAAGGGGGAAAAAGAGCCGGGAGACGCUAGCAGGGCCCUGCAGGCCCCGCGGCCUCCGCAGGCCCCGCCAGGCCCCGCCGAGGCCUGCAAGCGUGGCCGGGAGGCGCCAGCUCCCGGCUGCCGCAGCGGGGGGGAGCGGGGGGGCAGCGGGGCCCCUGGCGGUGCGAGCCCCGGCAGCCCCGCCCCCACGGGGCGGCGCGAGGCCGCGGGAGGCCGCGGCGGGCGGGCGCGGCCCGCACUGCUGGCCAUGGCGGCGCGGGGAGCGGCGGCGAGCGGCCUGGCGGGGCUGCAGGCGCGGCCGCUGGGCGCGGCGGAGCCGCUGGCCCUCGGCUCGCUGCUGGGCCGGGUGCUGCUCGUGUCCAACGUGGCGUCGCUCUGAGGCACCACGGCCCGCGACUUCGUGCAGUUCAACGAGCUGCAGCAGCGCUACGGCCCCCGCGGGCUCGUCGUGCUCGGCUUCCCCUGCAACCAGUUCGGGCACCAGGAGAAUGCCACAAACGAGGAGAUCUUGCGCUCCCUGGAACACGUUCGUCCCGGCAACGGCUACAAGCCCAACUUCACCUUGUUCGAGAAGUGCGACGUGAACGGGAAGGACGCCCACCCACUCUUCACCUUCUUGAAGGAGGCGCUGCCCUUCCCGCAUGACGACCCCUCCUCGCUGAUGACCAACCCGCAGUACAUCAUCUGGUCCCCGGUGUGCAGGAACGACAUCUCCUGGAACUUCGAGAAGUUCCUCAUCGGCCCGGACGGCGUGCCCUUCAAACGCUACAGCAGGCAUUUUGAAACCAUCAAGAUCCAGGAUGACAUCGAAUUGCUUCUUCAGAAGGUUCCUAAGAGUGUUCUUGGUUAAACCAAAGCUUUGCUGGGAGCUGCCAGGCUUUUCUGCUGAGACCUGUCAGGCCUGUUGCUGAAAGUGAGAGAGGAAUCUCUGCUUCCUGCUUAAUUUGUUAGGCUUGUGCCUGCUUUUCUAGCGGGGGGCUGCUCGCUCGGGUGGUAAAUUUCUAAUGUCCUUGCAAGUUUUGCUCAUGAGAGUGCAUCUUCCAAAUUCUUGAAGUGUACUUGAUGUUUUAAAAGUUGCAUGUGAAUGUUUGGAAAGCCACUCCAGGGAAAGCAGCUUUGAGCCUCUGAAUAAAAAAUGUGUACGUUC